AUGCGAAAUCGACGAUGCUCAAGCGUAUCAUUCGGCGACGACGAGGAGUCUUUCGAUGAAGCAUUGAGCAUCGCAACUAAGCUGGUCCCUGAAACAGAGUUGACCCAGCUCGAGACCGUCUACGUACUCCAGCCAGCGAAUGAAUGUGCCGAAGUUACCGAGGUGUGCGAGCUCACAUGUGGUCGACUCGUCGCAUCAGGACUAGCAGCUCAAACUGUGAGCUGGCCACCCAAUGUCAAAGACCCCGAGCCAAAAGCUGUGCUGUGUCUACUCAAAGUCGAAGAGUCCUUCUUGACGGACAUCUCGGCGACAGACUUUGACGUCUUACGCAAGACUGGUGUCAUGACCAAGGUCUGCACCUGCGAUGUGUCGGACAAGAUUGCAAUGAUCAAGGUUAUUGCAGAUUGUACUGCUGAGCUACCUCCUAUCAAGGGUGUCAUCCAGAGUGCGUCGGUGCUACAGGACUCGAUCUACGAGAACAUGACCCACGAUCGGUGGAGCACCAGCAUCUGA